GUAUCUGCCUUUCCGAUAAAAAACAAAACAAAACACACUGCCUUAGAUGAUACGCUAAGAAUGAGUUGUAAGCUUCUGACUCUUGCAGUAUUCCCAAUGACCCAGUCAUCUGUGUUGCUUGGAAAACUUGUAAAUGAAAGAUGCCACUCAACCUUUUACCUCCUCACUCUUGUGAGGACCGAAUGGGUCACCAGCAGCUCAAUCGGAGUCACCCGCGGAAAUUCGGCCAGGGUUCCCGCUCUUGCUGAGUGUGUUUGAACCACGUGGUCUGAUUCGGAAACACGGCCUGGACAUUUUUCCGCCAGUACACCAAGGAUAUCGGCUUCAUCAAGUUGGAUUAAGUCUUGUUCCUUAAAUGGAUCCUGCAAGACAGUGAUGCUUUGGAAAAUCAUGAUAGCUCUUUGUGCAUAAAAUAAAGAACUUCAAUUAAAGAACUUAAAUUAAAAAACAAAGAUACCACUUGACUGGUUGAGGGUUCAAUAUACGGGGUUCAUGGUGUGGACCAUUUUCUGCUGGGACUGACUGGAGCCAUGCCGAUGCAGUCUAGAUUACUCCCCAGACCUAUCGUCAUUCUGAGCAUGGCGCUGUGACCCUGUGUCCGAUGCAGAAGCCUCUCCUGAUAGCCAGCCUGUGGUUUUCUUUCUCUCUCUCUUUUUCUUUCUUUCUUCCAGACUUUCUUUCUUC